AUGCCUUUAGCUAACGCUACGAAGGCGCCUUACCAAGUGGGCGACAGGCAUGUGCUUCUGCUAUUUCUAAUUUAUGUCAUUACACUUGAGAACCUGCAUUACCUUUUCCAUCCCUUCUUGCUCCCCUUGAACGUCAACAGAGAUGCCUUCGUCAGCCUACGAGAUGUCGUGAAGUCGCAGGUUGUGACUCGGAUACGCAGAUCCCUUGGUCAGCCCCAAAGAAAGCACAGUCGCUACCUGAAAUACCCAGAGGUGUGUGUUUACUGCUUCCCUUUUUCUCUGCAGUCGUGUCAUGUUACUAGCACGUCUAUGUUGAUGCAGUCUUUCGUUUCAGAGGAAAAUGGCUGA